GUUGUUUCAUAGUGCUACAACCGUAGCCUAAAUGGAUAAAGUGCCCGCAGAAGGUACAGUUCGAACGAACCGUGGAAAUUGCUUCCCCCCUUUGUCGACAGGUAAACGAUAUAAAGGUAGGUGUCUGCCAAACAAACAUUGCCAUCUCAUCACCCUCGCCUUCUAAGUCACAGUUGUACCCUUCUAAUUGGAAUCCAUCCUUUCCAUCCUAAUCAUGGUGUCUUUCCUUGGCCAAGCACGCCUGGCCGUGCCAAUCCUGUCAGCCUUUGCGUGGAUGUUUGCGGCAAGUUCCGCCAUCCCCCCACCGCCGCCUGGAACCCUCUCACCUGAGCGUCUUCAAUGGAUCAGGGAAGUGAUCGGCAAUCAGACCGAGGGCGGCAGCAUUUCGGAUCUCGCUAAGCGGAGCACUAUCCUGCAUACCAGCCAAGACGGCGUCGACAGCGGGGGUUUCUACUACUCCGUGUACAAUGACAACGGAGCCAGCGUUGGAUACACUGAAUACCCCACGACCGGCCAGUUUGAACUCGGCUGGAACACUGAGACGGAAUUCCUUGGUGGAAAGGGCUUCAAGGGUGGCAGCACGCGCUCCUUGACUUGGGAUGGUUACUUCACCGCCGAGGGUGACUGGACUUUGGCCAUUUAUGGCUGGACCCUGAACCCUGUCACCGAGUGGUAUAUUGUGGAGUCGCAUGGCACUGGAACCCCAGGCAACGGGAACAUCCUCGGCCAGGUCGAUAGCGAUGGCGGUGUCUACGAUGUCUACAAUCUCCCCUACAGAAAUGUUCCCGAGAUCUACGGUGUCACCAACUUCGACCAGCACUGGUCGGUGCGUCGCUCCCACCGUUCCACCGGCACUGUCGACGUGAGCACUCAUUUCCAGCGCUGGAAGGAAUUGGGUCUCAACCCUGGCACCCCGAUUUUCCAGAUGGUUACUCUGGAAGGCUUCUCCGGCCAAGGGUACCUGGAUUUCACCGUCCAGGCGUAGGGAAGAUAAAUGGCCAUGUAAGGGUGGCUUAUGUUCAGAGA